GUUGAGUCAAUGAAAAGCUGUACGGUUUAGUCCACGUGUCCACUUGCCGUCUCAUGUGGACAGGUGGUGCCGCCCCUGCACGGUCCUUCCUUGGCCUCCCAGCCGAACCUCCCCAGUUCUCUACACUCUCCCCAGAGCAGCAGAAUGAACACAUCUCAGGCCCCAGUGUCCUUCAAGGACGUGACUGUGGAGUUCACCCAGAAGGAGUGGCAGCGCCUGGGCCCUGCUCAGCGGGCCCUCUACAGAGACGUGAUGCUGGAGAUCUACAGCCACCUCGUCUCCGUGGGGUAUUGUUCUAUAAAACCAGAAGUGAUCUUCCAGUUGGAACAAGAAGAUCCAUUGUUAGUGGAGGACAAAUUUCUAAAUGGGAGUUAUCCAGAAGACUGCCAACUUGAUCUUUUUGAAAAGAGCCAGGAAAACCAAGACAAGUGUUUAUGUCAAGUUUCAUUCACCACGAACAGACCAUUGAUUGCAGAGCAAGAGAAAAUUUCAGGAAAACCAUGUCAUCUGGGCACAGACGUUGUUCCUUCAAGAAAAAUGAUCUCUAUAUGUGACAGUGUAGGGCCUACAUAUUUGGAUCUCUACCCGUUAGCUCCUCAUAAUGAGUCAGAAAAGAAGAUUGAUGACUGUAAUGCAUCUCAUUCCUAUACUAGAAAUGAGAGAAGAGAUACUGGAGACAAAUCUUCUGAUUACUAUCAGAAUGUGCAAACUUUCAGUUAUGUGCCGGAAUUUUCUUCGGGGCAGUCUUUUGAAUGUAAUGAACGUGGUUGUGCUUUGCAUGAUAAACCUGUCUUCAUUACGCGGAAUAGUGCUUACGCAAAAGAGAGACCUCAUUAUAAAUUUGGAAGAAAGCUAUGUAAUGAAUCAGCCCUUGUUUCUCCCAGCAUUCACACAGAGAAGAGUCCCUGUGAAUUUCAUGAAGCUAAAUGUAAUACUAUUGGGAACAGAUUCAGGAAGGUUGCUCAACUUCAGAGAACUGAUACGAGAGAGAAAACUUUUGGUCCAAAACCACAAUUCAGUGAAUAUCAGAGAACUCACACUGGAGUGCAACCACUUGAGUGUGGGAAAAACUUCAACUACAAUUCAGCCACUAAGGUACAAAACAUGACUCACACGGUAGAGCUACCUUGUGAUAAUAAUACACGUAAGGAAACUUUCACUUCUCAGUCACCCAUUGAUACACAGCAGAGACCUCAAGCGAGUGAAAAACAGUUUGAGUGUAAUGAAUGUCAAAAAUCCUUUUCUAAGAGGUCAGUCCUUAUUUUACAUCGAAGAAGUCACACAGGUGAAAAAAUUUAUGCAUGUAAUGACUGUGGGACAGCUUUCUCCCGGAAAUAUACCCUAGUUGUACAUCAGCGAACUCACACAGGGGAGAAACCGUAUAAAUGUAAUGAGUGUGGAAAAGCUUUCACCUGCAUGUCGUCCCUCAGAGAACAUCAGAGAACUCACACAGGGGAAAAACCCUAUCGAUGUAACGUAUGUGGGAAAACUUUGAAGCACAAAACAGGUCUUGUAGUACAUCAGAGAAUUCACACAGGGGUGAAACCCUAUCAAUGUAAUGAAUGUGGGAAGUCUUUCUUCAGGAAAUCUAAUCUGAAUGUACAUUGGAGAACUCACACUGGGGAGAAGCCCUAUGAAUGUGUUGAAUGUGGAAAAGCUUUUGCAUACAAAGAACAGGUUACACAACAUCAGAGAACUCACACAGGAGAGAAACCCUAUGAAUGCAAUGAAUGUGAGAAAGCUUUCGUCUCCUUAUCAGGUCUCAGAGAACAUCAGAGAAUUCACACAGGAGAGAAACGCUAUCGGUGUAAUGAAUGUGGUAAACUUUUCAGCAAGAAAUCAGCUCUUGGAAUACAUCAGAGAACUCACACGGGGGAGAAACCCUAUCAAUGUAAUGAAUGUGGGAAAACUUUCACCCAAAAGUCAGCUCUUCGAAUACAUCAGAGAAGUCACACAGGGGAGAAACCCUAUCAAUGUAAUGAAUGUGGGAAAGCUUUGACGUAUAUGACAGCCCUCAGAGGACAUCAGGUAACUCACACAGGGGAGAAACACUAUCAGUGUAAUGGAUGUGGUAAAACUUUCAGCCAGAAGAUGAGUCUUGAACAUAAUAGAACUCACUCAGGGGAGAAACCGUAUCAAUGUAAUGUGGAGGAAAGCUUUGAUUUCAUGUCCAGCCUCAGAGCACAUCCGAGAACUCACACUGGGGAGAAACCCUUUCAAUGUAAUGAGUGUGGUAAAGCUUUCAGCCUGAUGUCACAUCUUGGAAAACAUCAGAGAACUUACAGAAGGUGAAAACCUCAUCAAUGUAAUGAAUGUGGGAAAAUCCGCCAGAAGUCAUGCCUUAGAAAUCAUGAGGGAAAUCACACAGGGGAGAAAACCUAUCAAUGUAAUGAAUCUGGAACAACUUUCAGGCGGAGGUCAAAACUUGGGAAACAUCAGAGUACUCACAAGAGAGAAACCCUGUGAAUCUUGAAGAGCUUCAUGUUCAUGUCAUAUCUCAAAGGGCAUGAUAUAAUUUAUGCAGGCAAAAAACUCUAUGAAUUUUGGUAAAAUUUUUCUUUGGAAAUCAGCCAUCAUAGUACAUCAGAGACCUCAUGAAGGGAAGAAACGCUACGAAUGUAACUAAUGCAGAAAAGCUGUUGUUUGCAUGAAUACACUUUCAUCUUGCAUAUUCUUUGCUGUUCCUUUCCCUUCAUUGAUGAUGGGAGAGUAGCACAUGGAGGGAGUCAAGGUUCAAGAAUUAUUGUGUGGAACUGUUACCUUCUCUGAAAGUAUGACUUUUGCAAGGCAGAAAAAUCUUGUUCUCUGCUGAGCUGUUAUAGGUUUGGAAAUGCUUGUUACUUUCGUGUCUUAGACAUCCCGCAGCUGUCACAAAUAGUGACUGUGUAAAGUGACAAGUUGGUAUGUAUCAGAAGAGUCACGUGGAGAAAUCCCCUGACGGUAUCCUGAAUGAUCAGUACCUAUUAACUGUAGCUCUUCUCUAUUGUGAAUCAUGUAAAUGACAUGAUUUAUUUGAUGUUUUCUUAUGAUUACAUUUAGAUUGUGUACAUUUUGUAGGAAUACAAAAGAAGUAUUGAGAUUUUCUCGGUACAUCAUACCAGGGCACACAUACUUUUACUUGGUCCCAAAAUGGUGAAAUGAAAUUGGAUUAAUAGGUUAAUGUGGUCUCUUCGAUAUUUCUUCACAAAAAAAGUCUUAAGUGUCGUGAGAUACAUUCAGACGAUACCUAUGUCUUUGUAUUCCUCAAGCUUUCACAAAUUUUAGCAUUUAUUUCUGAUCGUCACCCAAAUCAAUUUUUACCGUAGUUGUAAAACCAUGCUACUUCCCCAGUAUUCCUCCCAGUAUGUCCUCAUCAUGGUGUGAAACAGUUUUCCUUUUUCCAGAAUUCUAUGUUUAUGUUUGUGUAGACUCAAAUUCUUGCUUCAUGCAGUGCGCUAUAAACUUGAACAAGUGUUGUUAGUUUUAUUUUGCUUUGAUGGUCAAAUCAUCUGAGGUGAAGCCAGGUUAUGUUCAUUCAGAUUGCCUCCUGUGUCCAAUAUUAAUGUUUCUGAUAUCUUUUUGCUUUUACCAAACCAUCCUUUUACUUGUUCUGAUCAUGAGAAUGUUUAAUCUGAUUUUAUAAUAGUUUGCAUUAUAAAGCAAGUUCUUCAUAUAUUUGGGAAAACUGUUAAGUCUUUUCUAAAACAUUUAGAAUAUUAUACCUCCUUAAAUGUAUAUUUAAAAAUUCUGUUUGGAAUAGGAUUUCAUUUCAUCUCAGGUAUCCACAAGGUAGAACCAACUUAACCAACUGACUGAGAUUCAUUCCUGGGAAACCCUGAGGCACAUUCCUAGUGGUAUGGGACUCAGGUCUUUCUCUCUUUCCCUCUUUGCUGGCACAUGUCCAGAGGAUACUCUCCAAGACCACUUCCUCCACAAGAGAAUGUUAUCUGAGCCCUAAACAUGAAUGGUCCUGUCUCCUCCCUGCCUUAUGCAUCUGCACAGGAGACAAUGAGGCCCUGAGCUUUAAAGUCUUUUUAUUAUGACCUUGAUGCCUUGGAGGGCCUCUUUAUUUAUAGGGUAUUGAUUGAUUCUGGGGAGAGGUGUUGAGGAGUGUUUGAGUUUUGGCGGUGGGUUGUCUUUGGAUCCUAUUGAGAGCAGUUGGAGAUACUGCUCAGAAGGCGAUGCUUGGGGAGGCAGCUAGAGAGACCCCUGGUUGGUAACAGUGUCUUCGAGGGAAAGCCGAAUGGACACCUGCGUUGUGACAGGGCCGUGCCUGGCAGGGCAUUCUAACGUAGUGCCACUGGGGUCUGUGUCCCAACACCGUGGGUUCUUGUGAAAUAGGAGACUGGGACGGGGCACCAUUGCUGCUUAGGAAAAAACACAAGCAAAGCACAAGGAGCCCUGUAGCUAUCAAACACGAGGACAGGUAAGAACUAACCCUUGUACACUGACUGGAUGUAUUGGGAAGUCCUUGUGAAUUCCAUUUGGGAGUCCGUGAAAGCCGCUAGAAGACUGAGCAAUUUUCAUAAGUGAAAAAGACCUAAAUCAGUUUAUGACUUAUAAAGGGAAUGAGAUUCCAUCCUGUCCCCUGGCUCAGAAAUUCUGAAGCUUGCUGUUUUGACACACGUGUCUAUAUUUUAUAUAAAUUAAAGGGAAGAGAGGAGUGGUGAGAAAAUUGCCCAAUUCAACAUUUCUGCUUUCACCUCUCCUUGUGCGUCUCCCAAUAAAAAACAGACACAUGCAGGGCCUUAGAGUUUUUGUUGAUUAAUGAUUGGGAUAAUUCUUUGAAUUUUUUACAAAAUCUAUUUGUCGACUAUUAACCUAAAAGUAAAAGACGAAAGUGAGAGUCAAGAAGCACUUAUUUGAGAUCCAAAAGAAUAGCUAUUUGUGAAGCACUGAUUUAGUCAGAAACAUAGAAGAGUGUUGAUUAGCAGGCAAGGCAAGGGGUAUUGAUGAGAAAGGGAAGGGGAACAAUUACAUGAAUCCAAGGAAGGAAUUUAUGUGUAGAAAAGCUAAAAUAGUGAUGCUCAUUCUGAAGAAAUUUAAAAUUUUCAGCCCAUAAUGCUUCUAAUUCUGAAGAUUAUUUAAAAAUUUCCACCGUAGUCUGCUUUCUUGUUAUGCUGAAAUGAUGCUUUAGGCCCAGUGCAAAGGUUCUUUUGCCUACUUUUAACAUUUCAAAUGUCUGGGGAAUAAGAUGUGCAAGGUACUUCCUUUGGGAUGGCAGCUCCAAGUCCAUUUUAAAGUGGCUUUGUUUCUGUUACUUUUUGUAUUUCUGCCCUUUGAUUGAGGUCUUGCCUUGAAAGCCUCACUGAUCAAUCAUCACAAAGCAACACUGAUCACUUAUUAAAAGCAUUGUUGGUCUCUUUUCGCCAGAAAGACCUCUUCCCCUGUGUUAUCUGUCCCACAUAGAAGGGAACCUGGUUUUAUUUUUCCUUAGGGGCCUUAGACCAUACUUGAGCAAUUGCCCCAGAACACAGGAAGUCUUUUCCAUUUUGUUUCUUUAAGGGCAAGCAUCUUCUGAAGUUUCUUGAGGUUUUUCCUAUGAAGUCUCAGCAGCCUUAGUGAUGACCUGAAAACGUUGAGUGACCAUCUUCAGAGUGGUGUCUUUAUAGCAUUGACCUAUGCAAAAUAAAGUUUUACAGCAGCAAAUAUUCAUGUAACAAGCAAAAUAAGUCCAAUUUCAAGAAUAGACCUGAACCAGGAGGCAAUACCUGAGGACAGUCAGGUGAAGACAUUAAAGAACCAGGAGGUGUCAGCGGGCGCUGUAUUUAAUCUCUUGGGCUUGCGCCUAUAUUUUAUCUAUUUCUACUGUAUUUCACCAGAGGUGUUUCAUCCAAGUAAAACAGCAGUUAUUAUUAACACUGGAGCAACCCCUACCCUGUUUAGCAUAUGGUGAAGAGCAAUUCUAUUGUGUAAUAUAAGUCAUGCAAGGGACUUUAUAGAUUUUUUUCCUUUUGGCCAGUAGUUUGUUGUAGCUCCAGCAAUUUCCCAGAGGUUUUUGAGAAGUUCCUAAUCAUGUUUUUUGUAUUGCAAUACGUGGGAAUGGAAAAAGUAUUCUUCCAAAUCUCAUACCGUUGCUGUGCUUUGACUGUGUGUGCAUCCAGUUCCACGUUUUGACCUGCAAAGUCACUUUAAUGAUAAUGCCCCUGUUCAGUUUUAUUUAUAGGCAGAAAUUAACGGGGAAAGAAAACCUUAACAUUAUAGUGAGUGCUUUGCCUCUCAUUAUUUGUGAGAAUGGAAGGAAGUAAAUAAAGUAAGGAAAGAAGGAAAAAUCGUGUUGAUUAUGCAGGACUGGUCCGGGUCUUGGGUUGAAUCCAGAGGCCAACCGAGUCCAGGACUAGUGCUGCCUGCGCCGUGCAGCCAAUAGACUGACGCAGGAGUUGGGUCAUAGAAUAAGUGUUUUUUGUCAUAGCACCGGUGGUCUGAGAAGGCAAAGGAUUAACACCUCUGCCUUAACCUUUUCACUCCGGCUUAGGGUAUUCUAAAGGAAUAUCUGGGUGGUCUGCCAGACGCUACGUGAAGGUUCCGGGGAGUCUACGAGGAGCCUUCCCUCUGGCAUGUCAUUGUCUGGUGGUGUCAAACCCAGGAACACUGAUGGGAGUAGCCUGGAAAGAAUGGUAGACCAGAGUGUGUGAUCAAUAAGCCUAUGGGUAUUUAUCAUAAGUUUCAGGGUAAUUUUCUAAAACAGGGAACUGGGUAGGAGAGGGGACAUUUGGAGCUCAAGCCGUAGUGAGAUGAUAUAUUGUUAAGCUAUAGGUUAAGAAAAGGUGAGGCUGGUGUCACGGACAGGGCUGUACUAUUCGGGGGGUGGGCAGGGGAAGCAACCAGGCCCUGCUUGAAUUGCCCCUGUCUUUUAUUUCUAUAAAAUUAGUAUGGUUGCAAGCGUAGGGGACAUUGACUGUUCUUGGCUGCUUCCUGUUGUGAGUGGGCAUCAUCCCUGCCUAUGGGCCCUAGAAUUUCUUGUUAAUUUAUCAUAGUGGGGAGAGUGCUGUUUAUGGCAUAUCCAGCGGUCAGAGAGCCUAUUGCACCUAGCUAUUAGAACAAUUUUAUAAAGAUACUAGAUUCUUAUUUUCCCUGGAGGAGCCCGGGGCAGAGGAGAGCCAAAAGGCUUUUAAUGGGUGUCCCAGGGGGCGCACAAGUAGAGAGGCAAUACCGAGCAACUCCAGUAGUUCUGUUUGAACAGGAGCUUAAGGUCUUCAGUUGGUUUACAGGAACAGGAGUGACAGUCUUCCUUCUGGGUGAGUCCUGUGGAGAUUUAAAUGAAGUGGACACAACCACUAACUCUCUGAAGCCCAAUAACAGUUGGGGUGCUCGGGAGAGUGCAAAGGGUCCCUCCUAUUUAGGAACUAACUGUUCUGUUAGAGACCCCUCCCACUCUAGGCUUCUGAUAGUACUCGUUGCCCUGGCUUUCUGGGGUGAAGACUAUAUGUAGAGGAGUGGGCUUUAGGUAGGUGCCAUUCUGCCAAACUUCCGAAGUGCCGGCGGAACCUCUCCCUAGUUAACAACAUAGGAAAUAACAGAAUUGAGGUCAGAAUCCAAAGCAAUGGGCAGCAAUUAGAGCCAGGGCUUAGAAAUCUUUUGAGAAAACUUCCAGAGUUCUUUUUAAGUCUGAUUUGCUCGUUUUACAUUUUGUCCACGGUAUAGGCCAGUGGUAAGGAACAAGCUUGAGUAUGAGCCCAAAUUUCGUGGCUUUGUUUAUCUAUACAAAUAGUCAGGUUUCAGAAGAAACAGGUCCAGAGUGAGUGGUCAAGAUAAUAAAUGGCUCCCAUAUCACUCAGGAAAUUCACAGGCUUACCUGCCACAUCAAGGGUCACCUGCAGUUCUCUCCUGUCAUGAGAACAGCCUCUUUCUCCUGAGGGGCUCUAUGAUCCUCAGACCUGUCUCAGUCAUAGGUGUUUGUAUGGAAGGAGUUGGUCCCUGUUCCCUUCAGAACGGGACAACCCCUCCUCUAGUGUCUUUUUAGUUUGCAUAGGGGCCAUGGCUGUUUUGGAGGACUGGGACAUUCCUUACUCUAGUGAUCUGGGGCUCCACAUCCAACGCAGGCUCCUUUCCCUGGUAUUCCUCUUCUGGGGCUACCAGUGUGUCCCUGGCCUUUGCUUCUCUACUAACAGCAGCCCAAAAUCUGGCCUUCGUGUGGUCUCAUCUCCAGCCUCACUGUUCCUUUCUUUCCUCGUUUUUCAUGUCUCAGUUUUUGGAAACAUUGAAACAUAUUCCCUGGCCUUCUUUUAGGAUCUUAGCCUCUUUAUCAGGGAUGUAACAGUGGGGUAGAACCACCGUAAUACACUAACAGGUUAGGGAAAACAAUAGCCUAACUUCUGUGUGCGGGUGUAUACUCUUAAUGCCGAGAAGGGCACCUGAACUCACACGAUGGACAUACUGAAUUCUGAAAUAAUAUUAUAUAUAAUUAAAUGUAAAUAAAUAUUAUUGACAUUAAUACUUAAAAUAAAUGAUAAUAUAAAUUAUAAUUAAGUAUUUGUAAAUACCCAAGCAGGCAUCUUUGAACCAGAGGUAAAUGCCUAUGAAAACAGAUGAACUCAAGACUUAUUGUCGAAUGACCAGUUGGAGUACAGACACAAUGGACCGAUUACAUGUGCACUUGAUAAUGAAUCGACGUGGUUGUGUCUAGUGUGAAUCUUAUAAUUCAUUAUGUCUUGUGCUG